AUGUGGCUGACCAAUACAGGUGCUGAUAUUCCGGUAGCAACCUUGACGCUUCGGCUCUUGAAGGGAAUUCUGCAUCAAAUGCUAGACCACUGUGUCGGUGAUCGACAGCUACAGGAGGCAAUCCUAACUCAUGUUGCCAAUGCCGCGCAAGGGGCCAUGAAUGGUGCCUCUGAAUAUGAGGUCGAGGAACAUCUCUGGCAGGGAAUUCAUGCCGGUUUGGGCUCAACAAUCAAAUUUAUGUUUGUGAUUGAUGGAAUGGAUCAGAUCAAGGCUGGCGAUGCCGACGCAACCGAUGUCUUGAACAAGUUCACCAACAUCCUCUCUCAGCAGAACGCGGGCUCUAAGAUGAUUGUCUUCACCAGACCACUUAGCUCUAAGAUCCGACCGACAGGUGUCGAACAGACGACUAUGCAGACUGCACAAACACGUCAGGAUCUGGUUGCUUUCGUGACCAAGAAGUUCCGCAACUCACUGCUUACCACAAAUAAGAGUGAUCACUUGCAGUCGGCCGUGGCUGCUGUAGUGAAUCGCUCACAGGGCUCUUUCAGUUGGGCUGAAAUGGCUGUCGAGUACGCAAAGCAGCAGCGAACUUUGGCGGAGGCGGUAUCUGCUGUGCAAUCCUUGCCACAACCGAUGACAGAGCUCCUCGACUUCCACUUGAAUAACUUAGACCUCAGUCAGCGUGAACCUGUGUCUGUUCUAUCGUGGCUGGCUGCAUCCGAGCGGCCGCUACUUGUGGAGGAAGUCGAAGAGCUUCUUCGGGUGAACACCAGUGGACCAAAUCUUGCAGCAACUGAAAGUCAGGAUGAAAGUCAAUGGUCAAGAGCUCUGAAGCCUCUUGUUGUCACUCGUUUUGGAGUUGUCUCCUUUGCGCACACUUCAAUCCGCGACCAUGUGAUUAUGAAGGCUAAAUCGGCUAAUGUCAAAACGCCACUUAAUCUCAAGGAGGCACACUUGGAUCUCCUCAUGCGAUGCCUUGGAUGGGUGCAAUUACGAGUACGGGAGGAGACGGACGUGUCCAUGGACAAGCUGAGCAUGGACGAGCGCCACCGGCUCUUUGACAAAUACGUGAUCUUGGAGUACACAGCUCGUUACUGGCUUUCCCAUCUUCUCUCAUCGAACCUUGUGACUGAUGAUGGCGAGUUCAUAUUCACCUCAAGCUUCAGAAAGCUGCUUCCUACCAGUAUUCUCUUUGUUCGGGUUGAGCUUACUUGCAAGGAAUCUCAAUUCACGCGAUCGAGUGUUGUUGACCUCUACCGCAUUGCCACUGACAUUCGUCGCUUGGUCCUCGGCGAGAAAUCUUUGGCGUUGCUGGAGAGUGUUCUUCUCAGCGCUCGUGUUGCGAAGUAUGCACAUGCUACUUAUGCCGAUGAACAUUGCUCUGAGGCAUGGAGACUCAGUCAAGAGCUGUUGGGUCAGUCUGAUCCGAUUACACUCAAGUGCACCGAAAUGAUGACCCAGUCAUUCAUGGAGCGAGGCACUAUGACUCCUCAACAGGAAGACAUUAUGAGGUAUCUCAUUCUCACGGACUCUGAAAUAAGCGGCGUUGAUUUCAAUCAGCGGCUCAAGUACCUUGGCAUCCUCGUCGGCAUGUAUAAGAGUCAAGGUGACAACGAAUCCGGCCUUAUGAUAUCGAAGCAAUUCUACAACGGAAUUGUGGAGAAACACGGCACGAAUUCGAGACACUCCACCGAAGCUGCAGAGUUCCUGGCCGGGCAAUUCUCCACGGACGGCAGUGAUGAAAUGAGCCGGGACAUUGCACGGACGAAGUACGAUAAUAUCACUCGCACAAUGGGAGUCACGGACGAGCGACGGAUCAAGUACUCUUUGUACAUGGCGCAGCUUUACGAACAGCAAGGCCAGUACGCCCAGGCACAUACUGUUCUCUCCAGUCUCUGGGCGGGGCUCAAUGCCCGUGAUAUUGACUCCGUUGACAUGAUGGACAAGAAGGCAAAUGUUGCCUUGAUAUACUAUCAAUUCUUACGCCGCCAGGGUCGCAACGACGAAGCAGAGGUCAUCAUGCAUGAACUGGUGUCUGACCUUCAGACGUCCGGUAUCCAGUCACCUGAGAUGAUGCAGCGAGUGCAAUUGCUCCGAGCCGAGACUCGUGAGAUGCAGAUGCACGACCUAGAUCGCUCAUUGUGCAUUCUCAUGUGGCAGUAUUACAAGGGGACUCACAAGGAGUAUACCCCAGAGGCACGAAAUUUGGCGCUAUCGCUCGCCGAGGACAUGGCCAAGCCAGUGGCUUCGAAUGACCCCAACUCAGUUUCUGGAAACGAUAGAAAGCUCAUGGUAGAGCUUCUUGAUUCCAUUGCAUCCUCGCCUAGCAACAUCUCAGUUCCUACCUUGCUACUUUGUCACAACUUGGCAAGUAUAUACGUGCGCGAUGAGGAUUGGACUGGGGCAAGCGAGUGUUCCAGAGCCGUUCUUCGACAUGUCUACCCCAACGUGGAGCAAGCUGGCUCCCACAAGAAAUUCACAACUGAGCUGGCACCUCCCGUCACGGACUUGGCGUUGAUUCUUGCUUAUUGCCAUUUCCGUAAAUUCCAUCUCGAACAAGCCAGCAUUGUCUACGACAAUGCGUUUGGCUCCUUAAUUGCCUCCGACAGGGUACCUGUCGCAUCUGUCUUGGCAGUUGCGAAGGCCGUGGUUGAGUUUUAUGAGACCACAUUCCAGUUCCCCCAGGCGUUAGGGCUGUUGCACACGGUUAGCAAUUUCCUGACGUCUCGGCUCGGUGAGACUGACAAGCACACAAUCGACAACAUGUAUCGUGAAGCUGCGAUGGCCAAGCGUCUGGAGAUGGACAAGGAAGCGAAGACAACCUACCAGCAAAUUUACAAAAACACCCUCAAAGGUGACAUCAUUGCUCCAGCGGGUAUGCAGGCCGCCCUUGCUCUUAUUGAUCUCUUCGAGAGAGAGAAGCAAUGGGACUCGGCACUGGAGGUUUACCGCCACGUUUGGCCCACAAUUGUUGUGCAGGACAACGUGCAACCAAGCGACAGGAAGCAAACUGAAGCGUUGCUUGACCAAAUCUACAAGGGCUACAUGAAUAUUUUGGGCACUGAUACGAAGGGCUCCAACUUCCCCGAACGCUACAGAGUCUGUUCUGACUAUGUCAACACUUGUCGCAAUGUGCAUGGUCCGACUCAUCACAAGACCCUUGAGGCAACUUUGUUGUUCGCCGAGCUCUGCGAGUCGCACGAUCCUUACACCGAUCAAGCCAUUGGGUUGUACAAGCAGCCCUUGCAGACGAACGAAUGGGUGCCUGCGGCUCAAGCCACUCGAAGUUUAGACCAGAUGAACCAAUCUCUCCCGAUCACGUUGAAGCACAAGCUUGCCCAGCUCUACGUUCGAAAGCGAGAUUCAACCAGUGAAGCUCGCUCCCUGUACACCGAGGAAUUCCAGCUCGGCAAGAAGACGCAGGGUUAUUUCUCAAACACUACCUUGGCCUGGCUCCGGGAGCUCGCCUUGGCUCACUCUCGUCAGGCGACACCCACAUCUGUCCAGCAGGGCAACGCUCUUCUUCACAAUUACGUGAUGGACUGCUUGCAGGCCGAUGGCGAUACCACCUUGAUGGCUCAAUGGGCGCGGAAAACCGCUGCUAUCUAUCUUGAGUGUGGCUUCAUCGAGGGAGGCAACAAUGUCCUUGACGAGCUUCGCCAGCGGGUGGUGUCAGGACCGGAGCUCUCGACGCUACCCCUGAGCGAUCGUAAAGACGCAGUCUUUGCUGCCUCGUUCGAAGAGGUUUUCGGUCGCCGAGCCAGUGCUGCGCAGAUCAUGGAGGAGAUGGUUCGUGAGAUGCAGACACAGCAGUCGUUCAGCAGAAGUCUGUCUAGCCACGAAUUCAUUCCAACAUUGAUCACUGGAGACCAUCUUUGCCGUCUUCAGACGGAGCAAAACCGUACCCAGGCAGCGACAGCAACUCGCAACAAACUUUACGAGUACUUCUGCGCCACGCUGUCUGCUAUGCCGGUCGCUGAUCGAGAUGUGAUCAAGCAAUUCUACAAGCUUUGCGUGAAGGAGGCCCACCACGAUGGGUACAAGAAAACCAUUCUAACGACCACGACGAAGAUGGUUCGGGACCUUUGCAACUCGUCUCGGUUCCAGGAUGCUAGUGACCUUGCGGGCGUGCUGCAUUCGUUCCUCCAUCUCACCGACUCCUUGACUACUCGAGAUAACAUCAUCACCGCCAGCAAACUGUGUCUCUACCUGACCGGCCACCAAGCUACAAAGUGCGACAGCCCGUCAAUUCAGGCGGAGAUGAGUGCCAAAUCAAAGUUACUUUUGCAAGAAUUGAUGACGAACUUCAAGUCCGUGGGAAUGGAAAUUGUCGAUCUUCCAUUCCACGAACUGAACGACUUCAUCACUUUACUGGGUGAACAUGAGAUGUUUGAUGAUCUUGAAGGAGUUCUUACUCAACUCUGGACUUCUCGUAUCGUCCAACGCACCUGGACAUCCGAUGUUGUUGUGUGGAUCGGUCGUCGACUGGUCGAGACUCGAUUCUGUCGUGGCUCUGUUGACUCGGCCAUCCAGCUUUGUCGUGAUAUUUGCUACAACCUACGGCAGGUGUGGGGGUCUUGCGACCCUGUUACGUUGGAGAUGACCAAACUUUUGUCCGCACUAUUCACUGCGUCCAACGAUCACAAGUCCGCAGCGGCCCUGCAUGAAGGCGCUCUUCAUGACUUGUUGGCCGACUCGGACGCCAAGGACCAUCCACAUGCCGCGGAUACUGCUUCCCAGCAUAUGGAACUACUUCGCCGAUCUCAGUCUCGUCUUGGGACCAGCCAGGGCAGCUCCGGCAGAAGCUCCAACCACGAUGACCUUCUCACGCAAGUGACCAACCGCUUUGGUUUGAAAGAUGCACAGAUCCAAGGAGUCGGUAAUGCAAAUGGCGGCGACCAAUUCGGCGUCUGGUCUCGACCACGACGAUUCAGCAUUGACGUCGACGAUCUUGACGAUGAGGGACAACCUCACCACAAUCACUUGCGCGAGACGAGCGGAGGAAAUAUGACUCAUGGUAGUGGUGCUGCUCGGAGAAUCUCCGUGCAAGCUCUCUAA